AUGGAUGGAGUGGUGGUGAAAGAGGAAGAGAUUGUGACAUGCACUGUUGGUUCAUCAUCCUCUUCUUCUUCAAGCUUCUCACCUCAGCCAAUAGAGGGCUUACACGAAGUGGGCCCUCCCCCUUUUCUCACAAAGACCUUUGAAAUGGUGGAGGAUCCUUCUACAGACGCCAUUGUCUCCUGGAGCAGAGCUCGCAACAGUUUCGUUGUUUGGGACUCUCAUAAGUUCUCCACCACUCUUCUUCCUCGCUACUUCAAGCACGGAAACUUCUCCAGCUUCAUUCGUCAGCUUAAUACAUAUGGUUUUAGAAAGGUUGAUCCUGACCGAUGGGAAUUUGCAAACGAAGGGUUUCUGGGAGGGCAGAGGCAUUUACUGAAGACCAUCAAGAGGAGGAGGCAUGUGUCACAGAGUAUGCAACAAGAAGGUGGAGGAGGAGCUUGUGUUGAACUGGGCCAGUAUGGACUGGAGACUGAGCUUGAAAGAUUGAAGAGAGACCGAAAUGUUUUAAUGACUGAAAUAGUGAGGCUGAGGCAGCAACAACAAAAUUCAAAGGAACAAGUCAUGGCAAUGGAGGGUCGGUUGCAGACCACAGAGAAAAAACAACAGCAGAUUAUGGCUUUCCUUGCUAAAGCACUCAAUAGCCCAUCUUUUAUCCAAAACCUUGUUGAGAAGAAGGCUCGGAAUAAAGAGUUGCGUGGUAUGGAAAUUGGUCGAAAGCGGAGACUAGCAGCUAGCCCCAGUGUGGAGAAUCUGCAAGAAAAACCUAAAACCCAUGUUGUGGACUACUCAGCAAGCCAAGAUCAGGGAGAGUUGGAAACUAUGGAAUCGCAGAUUGAGACCUUUUUCUCAGCUGCUGCAUUGGAUAAUGAAUCAAGCAGUGAUAUCAUAGACCCUCAUUCAAGUUCAGUUGGUGGCAACUUAGGCAUUGUUAAUGAGACUACAUGGGAGGAGCUGUGGAGCGAUGAGCUCAUUGGUGGCAAUCCGGAGGAAGACGCUAUUGUGGUGGGCGAUGAAUCAGAUAUUGACGUCGCGGUGGAGGAUUUGGUUGCAGAGCCAGCAGAUUGGGGUGAGGACUUGCAAGAACUUGUUGAUCAAAUGGGUUAUCUAAUCAGGUCCAAGCCUUGA